UUGCUUUAGUGAUGGAUAUAUUUACAGAUGUGGACAUUUUCAAAGAAAUAGUUGAGGCAUCGACGCGAGGGAUAUCUGUGUAUAUUCUGCUUGAUGAGUCCAAUUUUAAUCAAUUUCUAAGUAUGACUGAGAAACAAGGUUGUCAAGUUCAGCGUCUCAGGAAUAUUCGAGUGCGGACAGUAAAAGGCCAAGAUUAUCUUUCAAAAACAGGAGCGAAAUUCCAUGGAAAAAUGGAACAGAAAUUUUUGCUAGUUGACUGCCAGAAAGUGAUGUAUGGUUCUUACAGCUAUAUGUGGUCAUUUGAAAAAGCUCACCUCAGCAUGGUUCAGAUAAUCACAGGACAACUUGUUGAGUCGUUUGAUGAAGAAUUUAGAACUCUCUUUGCCAGAUCCUGUGUCCCUAGUGUAUUUGCUCAAGAAGAAUCAGCAAGGAUAAAGCAUGGCAAAGCACUGUGGGAGAAUGGAACUUACCAGCGUUCCGUUUCUUCAUUAGCUUCUGUUUCUAGCCAAAGAAACCUUUUUGGUAUGCAAGACAAAAUAAAUAAACUAGAUUCUAGUUACUUCAAAAAUAGAGGGAUAUAUACGCUAAAUGAGCAUGACAAAUACAGUAUGAGAAACUAUGGAUACAAACCUCAUUUUGUCCCAAAUUUUAAUGGUCCAAGCACAGUUCGUCCGUUUCAGCCCAGUCAGAUAAAUGAAAAUUGGAAAAGGCAUAGUUAUGCUGGAGAACAGCCAGAAACAGCUCCAUACCUGUUGCUUAACAGGGCUCUGAAUCGCAACAGUAAUCCACCUGGUCAUUGGCAAAGACCGUCAGAUAGUCUCAGUGUAGCAUCCUCAUCACGGGGAGGCUAUGCAAGCCACCAUAACAUCCCUGCCCAGAGUUUUGCCAAUCGGCUUGCCCAGAGAAAAACAACAAAUCUUGCAGAAAGGAAUUCAAAUGUGCGGAGGUCUUUUAAUGGAACAGAUAAUCACAUCCGCGUUUUGCAACAACGCAUGCCAACCCUUGAACAUACCACAAAGACAUUCUUACGUAACUGGAGAAUUGAAUCUUACUUAAACGAUACUUCAGAAGCUACACAUGAAUCAAAUGGGUCAGCUUUAGGUGAACGAGUUGAAGGCUAUGAGAGUCCUGAGUCUGUGAAAGCCAACGCCAUUUAUACUCAUUCUCGACUUCGCUCCUCUUUUGUAUUUAAACCAACUUUACCUGAGCAACAGGAGGUUAACAGUUGUACAACUGGCUCCUCAAAUUCAACCAUCAUUGGUUCCCAGGGAAGUGACACACCUAAAGAGGUCCCAGACACCCCUACAAGUGCAGGGCCUGUGAGUGACAAACCUUUGCCAGAAUCUGUCCCUGUGCUCCCAUCACAGUCAGAACUGCCGAAGAUGCAUACCUUACAGGUCCCUGAAAACCACUCAACAGUGUUAACCCAAGCUACAAAUGGACACACAGAGUCCAACAACUAUAUAUACACAACUUUGUGUGUAAAUAAACAGACAGAAAAUCUAAAGAAUCAACAAAACGAGAAUCUACUUAAAAGACGAAGUUUCCCGAUCUUUGACCACUCAAAAGCCAAUUUAGAUCCUGGAAAUAGUAAACAUUAUGUAUACAGUACACUUACCAGGAAUCGAGUUAGACAACCAGAAAAACCCAAAGAGGAUUUGCUGAAGAGUUCGAAGAGCAUGCACAAUGUGACACAUAACGUGGAAGAGGAGGAGGAGGUGAUCAAGAGAGCGCCUGUAAGUGGCACUGCUACCAAGUCCGUUUCCAUUGCUGCCUUACUUGAUGUGAAUAAAGAUGAACACAACAAAGAGCUCACUGUGAAGAAAGAAGUCAAGGGCUCCCCGAGCUUUUUGAAAAAGGGGUCUCAGAAGUUAAGAUCAUUCCUUAGCCUUACUCCAGAAAAGAAAGAAAAUCUAUCCAAAAAUAAAGCACCGGCCUUUUAUAGGAUGUGUAGUAGCUCUGACACUUUAGUUUCCGAGGGUGAAGAGAAUCAAAAACCAAAGAAAUCAGAACCAAAGGUUGAUUCAUCUCCUAGAAGGAAGCGCUCUUCAUCAUCAAACUCACAAGGCAGUAUUCACAAAAGCAAGGAGGAUGUAACUGUUAGCUCAUCUCAGGGGAUUAACUCCCCCUCAGAUGAAAGCAAUAAAAGAAUACCUUCCCCAGGUCUGGCGGAAAGGAAGUUCUUGGAAAGGGCAGGGGAUGCCUCUGCCCCAAGAUUUAACACCGAACAGAUCCAGUACCGAGAUUCAAGAGAGAGUAAUGCAGUUGCCCCUGAAAGAAGACUAACUUCUUCUCCAAGGCCAAAGUCCACUGAACUUAUAAGAUCUCAUUCAACUGACCGACGCAUUUAUAGUAGGUUUGAGCCAUUUUGUAAGAUUGAGAGUUCUGUUCCACCAACCAGCAACAUGCCACAUACCAGUAUAAACCGCCCAGAAAUAAAAUCCACAACUAUGGGUAAUAGUUAUGGCAGGUCCAGCCCCAUGCUUAAUUACAACACUGGUGUUUACCACUCAUAUCAACCAAAUGAAAACAAGUUUCGGGGAUUUAUGCAAAAGUUUGGAAACUUCAUACACAAAAAUAAAUGAAAUGCUAUAAUAUCAAAUAGCUAUUAAAAUACAAAAUGAAAGUGGCUAUAAAUUUUGUCCAAGGUAUCCUUUGGACAGCUUUUGUAACAUGUCAGUAGCUUGCUGUAGGGGGCAGAACUAUUGGGAUAAUAUACAGUAAAGUUACUGUUCUGUGUGUUGAAGUUAGUUGUUUUAGUUAUAUUAUAGAUGGACUUUCCCUGUAAAGAAGUGAGUUUUUUAAAUGGUUAAAAAAAAAGAUGUAAUUAAAUUUAGUUUAUUUUUGUUUAUUUUUCCAGACUGAAGGUCUUUGUAGGCCUUAAUUAGAACAUUUGUGGAGAGACAGUAUGCAUAUUUUGACCAUUCAUUCCAAAGUCUUUUUAGAAAAGAAAGGAUCAUCCUAUCAGUAAUCCUUUGUAAUAUGUCUUCAUGGUAUUUUCACAUCUUCAGAAAUAUCAAAACAAGAUAAGACAAAGAAGACAGAGCUUUUUGUUUUUAAUGACCUUUAAAUUCUACAGAUAGUUUGCUAUAUUUUAUUAAUGGUUUAUUAGUCUUUUUUUU